AUGGAAAAUCAUGAAGCAUCCUUAAAGCUUGAAAUGAAAGAUGUUGUGCUUAUAAAACCAUCAAAACCAACUCCUCCUAGUAUUCUUUCUUUGUCUACACUUGACAAUAAAGAAAACAAUAAUAACAUUUGCCAAACAGUUCAUCUAUACUUACCAUCAGAAAAUCAUGAGUCUGAUUCUAGUUUCAACCCUUCUCAUGUAUUGAAAGAAGCACUCUCCAAAGUUUUGUGUUAUUAUUAUCCUCUUGCAGGUAGACUAGUGAAACAUGCUUAUGAUGGAAAACUUAGAGUUGAUUGCAAUGCUAGUAGCACAGAGUUUGGUGUUCCUUUCUUGGAAGCAAUUGCUAACUGCAGUCUUUCUUCUAUUCAUUACUUAAACAAUAAUGACAUAGAAAUUGCAAAACAUUUGGUCCUAGAUCUUCCUUCUCCUCAAGAUAAAUCUUACCCUUUGGUGUUCAUGGUUACACAAUUUAUUUGUGGUGGUUUCACAAUUGGUAUGGGAAUAUCACAUGCUAUUUGUGAUGGAGCUGGUGCUUCUCAGAUCUUCAAAGCAAUUGUUGAACUUGCAAGUGGAAGAAGUGAGCCUUUAGAAAAACCUGUAUGGGAAAGAGAGAAACUAGUUGGAUCUAUAACUAAACAACCAUUUUCGCAAUGCUCGAUCGACAUUAAAUCGAUGGCUUCUACACCUUUUCUGAAUCAAACUAACAAUACAAUUAUUAAGCUAUAUUGUUUUAAAGUGACAGGUGAAAUGAUAAAAAGGCUUAAGUUGAGUUUGAUGAAAGAAAGUGAAAAACUAGGGUUCACAACUUUUGAAGCCCUCGCUGGUUAUGUAUGGAGGUCAAGAGUUAGAGCCUUAAAACUUAGCAACAAUGGAGAAACAAUGUUGGAUAUGUUAGUUGGAAUUAGACGCAGCUUGAAGGAUUGUUCUUUGCCGAAAGGUUAUUAUGGAAAUUCGAUAGUGAAUGGAAAAGUUGUCUUGAAAGUGAAUGAGAUCAACGAAAAACCACUCUAUGAAGUUGUUAAGUUGAUCAAAGAGACUAAGAAUGUUGCUUUCACCGCUGAUUAUGUGACAAAAUCGAUAAACUUUUACGAGACGAAUAGAGAGGAGGAUAUGAGCUUGGAAUUGGAAGCUAGUGGUGCAGUAACUGUUUUGACUGAGUGGAAGCAUUUAGGGUUUGACAACAAUAUAGAUUUUGGAGGGUAUAGAGCAAUGAAUUUUGUACCAGUACCAUGCAAGAUGCUUGCAACCAUAGAUACAUGCAUAUUUUCGGCUCCUAAUAUGUUUGAUGAACAUGAUACAUCAAUGAAAGGAGGGGUGAGGAUUUUCACAUCACUCCCAGUUGAUGCCAUGGCCAAGUUCAGGGAUGAAAUAGAAGCUUUAAGGUUUCUUAAUUAA